AUGUACGGUUUGCAAGCGGAAGCAGACAAACUGAUCAAGGCUCAGACAAAACCAGACGGUAGUAAGGUAUUUCAUGAGCUCACAGAAGGCAUGAUCAGACAGGCAACAUUACUACAAGCUCAUCGCAAGCGUGAAAACAAGCGAGCGAGAAAUGCAACUGUUCCUGAACCGCGAGCCAAUCGCCCAAGACUGGAGAUCCCUCCAGGGGAUCCACCCAGAGGUGGGGGACCACCGAGAGGGGGUGGCCCACCAAGAGGUGGAGGUCCACCAGGAGGACAAGGCAGAGGUCGUCCCAUAGGACAGGCCACUGACACCCCAGCAACACGAGGACCACGACCGUGCCCACACUGUGGUAUAAACCCUUCACCACAUGCGUUCAGCAAGUACCCCAACAAAGCGGAAAACAACCGUUUCAGGGCAGAUCGAGCAGAGAAACAGAACCAAACCGUCCAUGUUGACCUGUUGGCCAAUAUAAAUGGCAACAAGGUGCAAGAGAUGGAUGAAGAUCUAUGA